AUGUCGUGGAAGUCGUCGGAGAGGCUGAUGGACACCAUCCGGCACUAUGCCAAGUUCCCCGCCACGGGCGUGAGCUUGCGCCAGAUGGUGCAGUUUGGCGACAAGCCCUCGACCGGCACCCUCUUCCGCGCCUCGCAGUUCCUGGCCGAGGAGCUUCCCAUCCGCCUGGCCCACCGCGUCAAGGAGCUCGACGACCUGCCCGACGGCCUCAAUGAGAUGCCCUCGGUCCAGCGCGUCAAGGACUGGUAUGCCCAGUCCUUCGAGGAAAUCACGCAGCUGCCACGGCCACAGCUCAGCAAGGACAUACGCGAUCGCCUCACAAAGCCCGCAAAGAACUCGGGCCGCCCCAUCCUCCAGCAGCUGUCAGAGGCCACCCCCAACCCCUCCAUUGACGAGGGCGACGGCUCCGGCUGGGGCGGCCUGCAGCCUUCCUCGGCCAACAACGGCGCAACCACAAAGGCCAGGUCCGUCUCGAGGCGCUACUUUGCCACCGUCGACGACACGGGCGACUGGCCCGCCGAGCUGCAAAUGUACAACCAGCGCUUCGCCAAGACGCUUCACAAGAUCAAGCGCCGCCAUGACGGCGUCGUCACCACAAUGGCCCAGGGCAUCCUCGAGUACAAGCGUCGCCGCCAGCGCAUGCAAAUCAACGGCACCAUCCAGUCCUUCCUCGACCGCUUCUACAUGUCGCGCAUAGGUAUCCGUAUGCUCAUCGGCCAGCACAUUGCCCUGACGGACCAGAGCCACCACCGCGACCCCAUCUACGUCGGCGUCAUCUGCACAAAGACAAACGUAAAGGACCUCGCCCAAGAGGCCAUUGAAAACGCCCGCUUCGUCUGCGAGGACCACUAUGGCCUCUUCGAGGCGCCCCGCAUCCAGCUCGUCUGCAACCCGGGCCUCGACUUCAUGUACGUCCCCGGUCACCUGUCGCACAUGCUCUUUGAGACGCUCAAGAACUCGCUGCGCGCCGUCGUCGAGGCCCACGGCAUGGACAAGCAAGAGUUCCCCGUCACAAAGGUCAUUGUCGCAGAGGGCAAGGAGGACAUCACCAUCAAGAUAUCCGACGAGGGCGGCGGCAUCCCCCGCAGCGCCAUCCCCCUCGUCUGGACCUACAUGUACACCACUGUCGACCGCACCCCCAACCUCGACCCGGACUUUGAUAAGAGCGACUUCAAGGCGCCCAUGGCCGGCUUCGGCUACGGCCUGCCGAUUUCGCGCCUCUAUGCGAGGUACUUUGGCGGCGACUUGAAGCUGAUAAGCAUGGAAGGCUACGGCACGGACGUCUAUCUCCACCUCAACCGCCUGUCGUCGUCGUCGGAGCCUCUCCAAUAG